CCAGCGCACAUCGGAUAUGUUUAUGUUGUCCUCUUUAUUUAUUAUUUUCCCAGCUUCCUAGACAUGUGGGGUCUGGAUCUUCGCUUGUGGUAUCCGCCUUUUUUCGGAUUCCCGUCCUGUUCCGAAAGGGAUCAAGCGAAUCUGAACCUGAAUCUCAAGAAGAAGAAAAUAACUGGAAGCGCUUGAGUGUACUACCAGAACUAUGCGUCGAAUACGAGUGUUGUGUUGUAUUUUAUUUAUUUUACUCUGCACCUACGACUUCGCUUGGCAGUCCGCCCUGCAUGAAAAGGGUUUAUGUGCUCUCUACUCUGCUCUACCAGCUCUACGGCUCAACUCCCAGCGCCCAGCAGCCAUCGCCCUUACAAGAUUGUAGCGUUGCACAUUUGAAUCGAUGUUUCGAAGGGUAAUUGUGUUUCGAAUCACAUUUUGGAACACAUUUGUUGGUCUAAAAUAAGCGAUUAUGUUGUGACGAGCAGUUGUUUGCGAGUUGUCGCUGUCGCCAGUCGAAUGGAUCGAGAACCGGAAGGAUUGCGAGCGACAGAACCUGUAGCGUAUCACUUUUCGCUUGUCAUGGGAUCCGGCCUUUCUGAAAGCCGUGCGGAGGAGCGGCGGCGAAAGAAAGCUGAGGCUGCGAGACGGCGCCGCCAAGCGGAAUCGGAGGAAGCCCGAAAGGCCCGUCUGGCAGCGGAUGCUGCUGCAAAGCGACGAAAGCGAAGUGCAGAGAGUGAUGAAGUGCGUCAGCAGCGGAAAGCCAAGGGGGCAGAGGCCAGGCGUAAGAGAUUCGAAAGGAAUCCCGCCCUACGCGAUGCCGCGGCACGAGCGCAACGGCAGAGACGUGCUGCGAGUGCAAGCUUACGGGAAGCAGAGGCCGAGGCGAAGCGACGCAAGCGGCGACGAGCAGCCGGGCGGCAACGCAUAGGAGCCACCGCUAAUACCGUCAAGGGAGACUUCCGCGACGUCUGCUCUGUGUGCGACAGACUUUGGCACAAGAAGGACCUCGCUCCACUACCAGAGGGUAAACGGAACGUGUUGGAAAGUGCGUUCCCUGACCAAGACCUCUCGAGUUUCAAGGUGUGCCGUACGUGUAUGCAGUCCGUAGAGACUGACAAAGUGCUGAAUCGCUCGACCUCGAACGAAGACACGCACCUGCCUGCCCUUGACACGGUGAGGAACGAGACCGUUGAACCUGUCGCCAAGCCGUGCCCCCGUGGAGAGAAACAGGUGACGGACGAAAUGAGCAUGAGGUGCGAGACCGUUGAACCUGUCGUGAAGUCAUACCCUAGCGGAGAGGAACCGGUGACGAAUGAGAUAGGGAGAGGAGGCGAGACCGUUGAACCUGUCGCCAAGGCAUAUCCCUGUGGAGAGAAACAGGUGACUAACGAGCUGGACAUUAGAGGGGAGACCGUCGAACCUGUUGCCAAGUCAUGCCCCCGUGGAGAGAAACAGGUGAUGGACGAGAUGGAGAGAGGAGGCAAGACCAUUGAACCUGUUGCCAGGUCACACUCCUGUGGAGAGGAACAGGUGGUGGACAAGAUGGUGAAAGCAGGUGAAACCAUUCGAGCUGUAGUCAAGUUGUACCCCUGUGGAUGGAAACUGGGGUACUCCAUUCCCACUCCAUGGAUGAAGUCUUCGAGUCCCAUCUCUGUGGGUCGUUUCAGUUACAUGCGUUCUAUUGGAACGCAGAAAUAUCCGACUACCUCCACCAGGGGCACGCAGACGUUCCAAACGUAUCCAAGCCGGUACGACAGUGAUGACAGAGGCGUGGUCUCCUCAAAGCAUGCCCUGUGUGACACUGCUUUCUCCUGUGAAGAGUCCCUGGAGAAGCACCACAGGGCCAAGCACCUGCACAAAGGAGGCAAGCACCAGUGUCGCUUCUGUGACUACUGCAGCAAUCAUCUGUCCCACGUUAAGGAACAUGAAAGGAGACACACGGGAGAGAAACCAUACGUGUGUCGGGUGUGUGCCAAGAGUUACCGGAGGAACGACAACUUGAAGAAGCAUUUAAGGACAGUACACGAGGAACCGUGAGCGCAAGGACAACCCUGCCAGUGCCACCUGGUUGUAGAAAAGCUGCAUGGUGCCCGUUUCACUAUUUCACCGCGCAGACAUGUAAUGUGGGGUUGUCGUCUGCUUCAGCCGAUGAUGAUUUCAAACAACGACCUACUGGAUUAUAGAGGCCACGUCAUGAUUGGCAGCUCCCAUGCGAGAGACCGCCUGCGUUAUCCGCCAGGGGUGCUAUGCGUCGGCCCGCGAGAUCUCCAUCGUGAUUGGGUAAUGCAAAUUUGAAUUUUGAAAGUGUAGAAGUGGACGUCCGUAGCAGACGACAGCAACAGCUGGCAUGAAAACUCUUGAUGAUGAUAAUGAGUUUACAACUUCAGCAAGAAUGCAUCUCCCGUUGGACGAAGUUAUUGAGGAACUGAGGAAGCAAUAAACAGGCUGGUGAGCAGCGCCACUGCUAGCCUCCAAAUGCAGGUAUGUUUCAAAUGCGAACGUCCAGUGGCUACCAGUGUCUGAUGGUGGCUCAUCUACAUAGCUUUUUUGCGAUGGGUGAACUCUUAAUGACUAAGUCACACUGUUUAAGGAAUUAGGGACUUUGGGGAACAUAGGGAGAGUGAGCCCCUAAGAUUCGUUUGAAGGGAGGAUUACGUGACCCUUUUCGUUUGGGUGAAUAGGUGAAACAGGUCCCAAAGCAUUUGGCCAUUACCCUAUUGAAGGGAGCAUUGCACAUUCACUUAGCAUGCUUGUCCUUCCUCCUUUUCAGCUCACCAAUCCCUUUCCUUCGCAUACCCUCUCCUCAAUUUUACCCUCAUUCAUCAGGUUUCCAUUAUCCUUCCUCUUUAUGCUGCCUCUCUGCAUGCAUUUAUCAAGUUAUCUGCUUCGACACCAGACUUCAGACUUAUUGUGCACCAUGUCAAUAUUUCCCAUUAAAGUGCCUGAGUGUAACCCAGGAGAAACAUCCAAAGAGCACAAUCAGUGCCAGGGUUAGCCCCCUGGUCUUGGGUCAGUAAGCGGUAGGCAGUGGUGUAGCCAGAAAAAUAUUUUGGGAGGGUUUUCAUGGGGACUUUCUAUGGGGUAGGAGGGCUUCCCAUUGUUUCGCUCUCUCAGUUGCACUGCCAAAGGUUCCAUUUCGAGGGAUUCGGGCCCCCAAACACCCCUGGCUGCACAGGUGCUUCUACUCCCUCUCUCAUCAGCUUGCUAUUUCUCUCCCUCCUCUAUUUUCCUAUUCCCUUUAUUCCUUGUACCCUUCCAUCAAGUAUCUGUGUACUUUCCCCUUGCACUUCUCUCCUCUUUGCUACCUCUACCACCUACACCUUCUCUUUCAUCAACAAAUAUGACCAUUGCUGAGUUGAAUGAAGGAUUGGACAGCCACUUAAUUCCCAUUUCCUUCCCUAUUGUCCCUAUUAGUUCAUCUCUUGACUAUUUAUUUUUUAUUUUAAUACUACAUUUUUUGCCUCCACAAGAUUGGAAUCAGCAACAGAAACCCACUGCAUGUGGCUUUUGUUUAAUUUAAAUUUAGUUUCUGUUCCCCUUUUUUCCCUAUUCCAUGAAGCGCAUAUUUUCCGUCUCUCCCCCGUUGCCCUACUUCAUCGAUGAAUACAAUCUAUAUUAAAUUUAAUGGAGAACAAGGUGGCCGUUCGGCAUGCUUGUGGCAAGAGUGAAAUGAUCAGAAGAUAAAGGACUAUGGGAAGGGGGGUUCCCCUGGACACAUACCAUUCUACGGCAAUGCAGCUGCAGUGCUGGAAGUGCAGUGAGGGUGUGGCAGGCCUUCAGGACGCUGCAGCAUGUUGCAAACAUGGAGACAAACACAUUGGGACAGUUAAACAAGCAUUUUGUUCGGUCGCAAGCGCACGCAGAUAAACUGUUCUGCCUGCACCGUUCUUUAAAUGUAACAUGUUUCACUGAUGGACGAGCAUUCAUGCAGUGGCACGUAGUUUGACCAUAAAGACACGCCUCAGUACUACCGGUAUCAUCCUUGAGAGAGACUGCAGUUUGAGGAGGAGUGAUUUAUCCAGAACUGCGGGCAGUGGUGUAGAUAUUUGUAUCACCCGAACGACGAAACACCAUAACAAAGCACCCCCCCCCCUCCCCCAACAAACACACUUUCCAGAAAGGAAAAGUCAUGCAUCCCGAAGCAUCCUGCUUAAUCUAGUCUUUUGUAAAGCGACCACCUCUAGUGUGCCUGUGCCUUUUUGAGAUGUGAAAAGCAGGUUACCUUGGGGUUUGAAGUAUGUCAGCUGAUUUUUUGCACCACCAUAUGGGUGUUUCGAGCUGAAGUUUCUUAAGUUCCGGCGUCUGGGAAUUGUUUGUCUGUUGCAUAAAUCUUAGGCAUUACUGUGCGGUGGGGCAUGAGUCUUGUUCCUAUCAGUGAAAGCGUUGCAGUUUUAUGUGUGUGGAUAGACUUUCUCUAUGCUGGCUUUUCGUGUUUUUUUUUUGGCAGGGGUAGUAAAAUAAAAUCCCUGUUAGGAAACCUCUGCCAGGUGGGAUGGAGAAGACUUUGUAAGCUGCUAAGUAACAUCACCUCCACCCAAGCGUGUCCUUCACAGAACUGUUUGCGACCUCGUUAAGCACAUCGACAUCAUCGAGCCUUCAUAACGUCACAGUCUAUCACUUUUGUUGCUCGCUCGAACCAGUGUUUUUUUUUUCGUUUUCUUUCCAAUUGUACACUGUUGUUUCGUGUGUUUCUGCGAUUGCUGCCUCGAGAUCAUGUGUAUAUAAUAAAUUGUUAUAUAGUUAA